CCUCCGCGGCGCGCACCGAGAAGCCCGGGCCCCGAGCCGCCGGCGGCCCUGCCCGGAGCGGCGCGAUGAAUGAUUUUGGAAUCAAGAACAUGGACCAGGUGGCCCCCGUGUCCAGCAGCUACAGAGGGACACUCAAGGAGUUUCCUUGGGUGACGGAAAGGCUGUUUAAGAACUGACGUUAAAGAGCCGCUUCUCCCGUCAGAAGCGGCAACGUCCACUGGGAUGCAGGCGGCCUGUGCUUCCUGGCAGGACCGUGCAAGCUGAUGUGAACUGGAAAACAGAUUAAAGAUGAGCGAGCCUUCUCCACUGCAUAAUGAACAGACCUCAUGUAGCUUCUGUCUCAGUCCCUUCGGGAACAUUCUUUAGCAGCAGAAACUGAUAAUUUCCCAUUUGCCUUCUCCAAAUGUGACUCGCCAGCCCGCCUUUGACACCUUCGACGGGUCCCUGCUUGCCGUUUUCCCCUCGUUAAAUGAGGAGCAAACACUCCAAGAAGUGCCAACAGGCUUGGAUUCAAUUUCUCAUGACUCGACCAACUGUGAGUUGCCUCUGUUGACCCCGUGCAGCAAGGCUGUGAUGAGUCAAGCCUUAAAAGCUACCUUCAGUGGCUUCAAAAAGGAGCAGCGCCGCCUCGGCAUCCCAAAGAAUCCCUGGCUGUGGACUGAGCAGCAGGUGUGCCAGUGGCUUCUCUGGGCCACCAACGAAUUCAGUCUGGUGAACGUCAACCUGCAGAGGUUCGGCAUGACCGGCCAGGUGUUGUGUAACCUUGGCAAGGAGCGCUUUCUGGAGCUGGCACCCGACUUUGUGGGCGACAUCCUCUGGGAACACCUGGAGCAGAUGAUCAAAGAAAACCAGGAAAAGACAGAAGAUCAGUAUGAAGAAAAUUCACACCUCAACUCAGUUCCUCAUUGGAUUAAUAGCAAUUCGUUAGGUUUCGGCGUGGAGCAGGCGCCCUAUGGAAUGCAGACGCAGAACUACCCCAAAGGCAGCCUCCUGGACGGCCUGUGUCCGGCAGCCUCCGCGCCCAGCACGCUUGGUCCUGAGCAGGACUUUCAGAUGUUCCCCAAGGCUCGUCUCAACACCGUCAGCGUCAACUACUGCUCCGUCAGCCGGGACUUCCCGGGCGGCAACUUGAAUCUGCUCUCCAGCAGUUCUGGCAAGCCCGGAGACCACGAGUCCCCUGAGAACGGCGCUGGCGCCGACAGCUUCGAGAGCUCGGAGUCGCUGCUGCAGUCCUGGAACAGCCAGUCGUCCCUGCUGGACGUACAGCGGGUGCCCUCCUUCGAGAGCUUCGAGGACGACUGCAGCCAGUCCCUCUGCCUCAACAAGCCGACCAUGUCCUUCAAGGACUACAUCCAGGAGAGGAGCGACCCGGCCGAGCAAGGCAAACCAGUCAUACCAGCGGCCGUGCUGGCCGGCUUCACAGGAAGUGGACCUAUCCAGUUGUGGCAGUUUCUCCUGGAAUUGCUCUCCGACAAAUCCUGCCAGUCCUUCAUCAGCUGGACCGGGGACGGGUGGGAGUUUAAGCUGGCGGACCCCGACGAGGUGGCCCGCCGGUGGGGAAAGAGGAAAAACAAGCCCAAGAUGAACUACGAGAAGCUGAGCCGGGGUUUGCGCUAUUACUACGACAAGAACAUCAUCCACAAGACGUCAGGGAAGCGCUACGUGUACCGCUUCGUGUGCGACCUGCAGAACUUGCUGGGCUUCACGCCCGAGGAGCUGCACGCCAUCCUGGGCGUCCAGCCGGACACGGAGGACUGAGGCCGCCCGGGGCCGUGCGUGGGGCCAUCCUGACCUGCUGCUCCAGGGACCCUGAAAGCUGGGAUUGACGCGUCCAGGAACGUCUCCAGGAAGCAGUGGCCUUAUUUCCUCCAAAACCGCGGUUCUUCGCUGCAAGCAGCAGGGUUUCUCGCUUCUCAAGCUGCUGACAGGAACACGCUCUUAGGAUGCUGUUACAUGAGAACGGCCGGGAGAGACACGCUGGGCAGCCGGCCUGGCCCCGGGCGGGCUGUGUUGUGACAGGGUCGCUUGGCCGGUGGGGAAUUCUCCACAGAGCGAGCGUGUCGUGGACACACGGUUUGGGACUUUUCUUUUGCCUCUGGCAACCAGGAAUCGCAAAUGCAAAAGGUCUCUGGUUCAGAGGGGAGGAGGGGAAGGAAACAAUCAUGCCAUUUCAGAAGUUAGUUUGUAUAUAUGACUGUAAUCUUAUAAUUGCUGUCAAAAUCCCCUAACAGUCCUAUUUAACAGAAAUUGUAUAUUGUAAUUUAAAAUAAUUAUCUAAUUGUAUGUGAGAGAAGAAUGUGGACAUCCAGUGUGUAUUCCAUUUUUUUAAGAGCACAUGUGGCGUUUUGCAAACAUUGAUUCUGCCAAGGGCAGAGCAGGGGAGGCUGUAAAGUGUGUACUAUUUACAUGUAACAGGCCUACAGGAAUAAGGUCUAAGGGUUGAUUCCCGUUUUUCAUCUUGUUUUGUUUUGCCUGGGUUAUUCUCUAUGGCAAGGACUUUGUACAUUUGGGAAUUUUUAUAAGAAACUUAAUGUUAUUAUCUGCAGUCUCAUCCGGCCCCUUUGCUUCUCCUUUAAUUGUAAUGUAAAAGCUAUAAAGCAGUAUUUUUCUUGACAAAUGGCGUAAGUUUUCCAUUUCUAUGCAUGCCUUUAAAUCAGUUUAUACACGAAACUUAUUUUAUUUUUCAGUGUAACUGUAUUUCCCCAACCGCUAACCUCCCCGGCCAGCCAUUUCCUUCCCGUGCCCCACCCCCAAGCCCCGAGUUAUUCUGUAUGAUUAAAAUAAGAAUCCUAUUUUUGGAAAUAAGCGACUCCUUUUCAGAGAUCAGGAGGGAUUUGUGUAGCAGCUAUUUUUACUGCAAAAGCAAUUCACUGGAAAAAAAACAAAUGUAAUUUGUAAGAAAGAUUUAUUUUUAUCUCCCUGUAAAGUUAACGUAUUGUACAGAGCUGAAGGUUCAGGGGGAGGGCACUCUGGGACGUGAGUGAAGCAUGAUUUGCCUCACCCUGUUCACCUGCCGAGUCUUGGACUCUCCGGAUACCUAGCUGCUCCUUUCUGUUCAACAUCCGCAGGCAGAGAGAUUUUUUUCCCAUAUUUUUUUCUAAUGCAAAAUGGCCAGAGGCGAAGAGAGGGCAGACCAGAUGGGAACCAGAAGGCACUGGGGUCCUUCAGGUGAAAACGUCUUAAUCAUGGUGGAGACUUUUGUCAUUGUUUCAAAGGAAUCCCUGGGUCAGCGUGUGCUCCUGACUUUGUAAAUGAUCGAGUCAAGUUCACAGCCUUCAGGAGCAGCGUGAGGGGACACGGGCCAGCGGUGACAUCUCUAAAGAAGACUUGUUUGUGCAGUAAGACCAGGGGUUUGGGUGGUAGGAGCAGCAGAGCCGCUACGGGAACCACUAGGUCUUGGUGCCCACACAAGACCGUUUCCAGCAUCUUUAAGCACAGGAUGUUUUUCUCAAGCAAGACCUGUUUAUAUCUCUGACAUCUGCUUGUAACAUCAACAGACUUGGGCCUGAGAACAUCUUGCUGCUGAAAAAAAUCUUAUUUUUAAGAGUUUUAAUAGGUGGUUGAACCACAUGAAAUUGCCUAUGUUGGUCUUUUUUUAAUCGACAGAGUUGGCAGUUUCACGUGGCUCAAACCAAGAGUUCUGGAAAUGCAGUCCAUGAUAAACCUUUUGGCAUGGUAAUGAACAGACCUUAAGUAUAAAAAUUUUGUAAUUUGGCUUCUUUCUCAAAUAAUAAAGUAUUUUGUUUAUAUAAA